AUGAUCAACCCAGGGGCUGGUCACUCUUCAUUCCAGCUUGUCGUCAAUGACAACACGACAAGUCCUCCUUACGAAGAGAUCCCGUUAUCAGAAGAGAAAGAUCUCACACCAGCCGUUGCUCUUUUAAGUGCCCUUGGUACAACUACAAACCCACCCACUUCAAUAAAUGAAAAUGACCCACGGGAUCAUUCCUCUUCUCCAGGACCUUCCUCUAUACAAAUCAAGGGAAUCGAGGACAUACCUUCAACCACGACUCGAGGAUGGCGCUUUUAUGGUGCUUUUGGCACGUUGUGUUUGGUCACUUUCAUCAUUGCUCUUGAUUCGACAAUCAUCUGUGUUGCAUUGCCGACCAUAGCAGAAGACAUCGGAGCUUCAGCUAUUGAAGCCUUCUGGUGCGGUACCAGUUUUCUCCUCGCCUCGACCGUCAUACAACCCCCUGUCGCAUCACUAUCCCACAUCUUUGGUAGACGACCCGCUCUCCUGGCCUCGGUGACAAUAUUUGCAGGUGGCAGUAUAAUGGCUGCUCUCGCAAAGAACGUGUCUGUGCUGCUCGGAGGUCGAACGCUUCAAGGACUCGGUUCUGGCGGCAUUCUUGCUUUGACAUAUGUUAUCGCCACGGAUCUCGUGAGUCUCAGAGAGCGAGGGAAGUGGUUCGGCCUCAUUUCUCUCAACUGGGCUGUUGGUAGUAUUCUUGGCCCCUUAAUCGGUGGCGCUCUUGUCGAAGUAUCCUGGCCUUGGUUGUUUUGGAUCAACUUGCCGUUUUGUGGUGUCGCUUAUAUCAUGAUUCCUAUCACUAUGCGCAUCAAGCGAAAGGAGGAUGCAUCAGUUAACACCAAGAUCAAAGAGUUUGACUGGAUUGGAACCAUCAUCUUUGUUGCGUCUUUGACGAGCUUCUUAAUCCCUCUCAGCUGGGGCGGUAUCAUGUACGACUGGAGUAGUCCCAGAACUGUUAUACCUCUUGUUUUUGGUAUUCUCGGUCUUGUCGCCUUCGCCGUCCAUAUCAGGUUCUGCAGAAGAUACUCUCAAUGCGAUCCUCUUCUUCGACCUAGUCUCUUCACAUCUCUUACGGCCCUGUCCGCUUAUUUUGCCACUAUCAUUCAUGGUAUCAUAGUAUGGUGUCUUGUUUACUAUGUCCCUCUAUACCACGAGAUCCGAGGCUCGUCACCCAUCACCGCAGGCAUCGCCAUCUUGCUUUUCACUGGUACGGUAGCGCCUGCUGCUGUCGUGGUUGGGUUUCUGAUUGCCAAAAGUGGCGCAUACAGGCCUUUCAUCUGGGCUGGAUGGACUCUUGUGCCUCUUGGAAUGGGUUUGAUGAUGCUCCUUGAAAAAGACACGGAAACCUUUAGAUGGGUGCUCAUUUAUCUCACAGGAGGACUCGGUCUGGGCAUUCUCUACUCAGCCCAGGCAUUUGCUGCUCAGGCUUCUGCAUCCAAUUCUGAUCUUCCAUUUGCUGCCAGUAUGUACGCUUUCUGUCGCUCUCUCGGUCAGGGGAUUGGCGUCGCUGUUGGCGGAGUCACUUUUCAGAAUGAGUUCCGUAAGCAGGUCGAGAAAAGCCCAGACUUUGCCUUCAUGGCUGAUGAAUGGGCCAAAGAUGCACCUGCACUGGUUCAGAUCAUCAAGAAAUCUCCUGCUAGUAUGCAGCUUAUGAGAGAUACAAUUGUCGAUGGGUAUAUCAAGGGUCUGAAAACGGUUUGGAUGGUUUUGACUCUUGUGGCUUGCAUUGCACUUAUAGUUUCACUUUUAUGUGUCAGAUCUAAGAGCUUGGACCGUAAAUUUGAGACUGAGCAUGAAUUGGAUCAGGGUGCAGGGGAGACGAGCGGCACGUUAACACCAGACACAUACGUCUGA